AUGGUCACUUAUCUCGCAAACACAGACAGAAGAAGAACCCUCCCAUCUCCAGCCAACCUUUCCAAGAUGCCCAAGAAAGGCAAGCAGCAAGCACCACAGCAGGAGUCUUCCCCGAGUCUGCAGGAGGAAGAAACUGGUGAUGUUCCUCCUGAGGUUCCUGACGACACUGACGUUCCUGAUGUGGAAGUGGUGAAGGUACAACCUGUUGCUGGGCUCUCCAGGAAACGCACUCGGCCAUCCAAGAAAGACGUUCAGGACUACCCCUUCAACGACGACCAACUGAGGGAGAUAGCAAACUACGUCCAGUUGCAUCCAGAGCUCUACGAUAAGCGGAACGAGAAGUGGCUGAAUCCGGCGUGGAAGGAGAGCCUCUGGAAGGGACCUGGCCCAAACUUUCUCGGACUGUUCUCACCAGCAGGUGAAGAAGGUGGUGGACAAGAAGAGAACAGAUUUUGGGAAAAUCGAGAAGAGGGAGAGCAAGAGUGGAUCAGCAGCCAGGCCGAGGACGCAGAGGGAGCAGAAGAUCGUCGAGGUUUGGGCCUUCCUGGCAGGUCACAUCGCCCACGAAAGAGGAAGAGGAAGAAGGAACGGCAGGAGGAGGAACUAUCCAGCCCACGAUCCACCAAAUCUACCCAGGAGAGCAGUGCCAUCCAAGAACUACUCCAGAGUGCACAGCUGCUAGCUACACGAAAACCACCAGUCGAGGGACCUGACGCUGACAUCCGGCAGUUUGUUGAAUUUAUGUACACUCGCCUGAAGAAGGUUUCCCCCAUGCAUCAUGGAGUACUCUUCUCCAAGAUCGCGUACAUGAUCAGCCUCAUGGAGGAACCAGUGAUGGCCAGGAGUGCUAUUAAAGACCCGAGGAGGUUGCUGGAUUCUGUGCCCAUGCCACUAGGAGUUGCGAGCCCAUCGCACCUGUGGCAGCCUCCUGCACCGCCUACUCUUGCUCCUGCUCCUCCUCCUCCUCCUCCUCCAGUCUAUCAUCAGCCGCAGUACCAGCAGCCACAUUACUCGCAGCCCCAAUACCAACAACAACAGUACCAACAGCCUCAACAACAAUACCAGCCUCAACAAUCAGAACAGCAACAGUUCCCUCAGCAGCCACAGCAGCAGCAGGUGCCCACCCCAAUACAGUGGGAAUCUAUACUCGGCUGUUCACCGUCCCCCGUCAAGACCCUGCAGCACACAAGUACGACCACCAAACUCCAGGGCCAGAAGACGAAAUCGCCGGCGAAAAAGGCCAUAAUGUCCCCCAUGAUCGAGACGCCGAAGGGCUACGAGGCGGAGGAUAGCGACGAGUAA